CCUCACAGCAAAUGGGCUUCACGGGCGCAGCAGCUGGGGAUGGCGCCUUGCCCCACUGAGACCAUGUCAGAAGGGCUGCGCAGGGAGCCAGAGGCAGACUGCCCUGUUUGCUGGAAUUCCUACAACAACACCUUCCGUACCCCAAAGCUCCUGGAGUGCCAGCACUCCUUUUGCAUUGAGUGCCUGGCACACCUGAGCCUGGUGUCCCCUGCCCGCAACCGGCUGCAAUGCCCACUCUGCCGCCACCCCACAGUGCUCCCCUUCAACCAGCCCAUCACCGAGCUGCCCACCAACUCAGAUGUCCUGCGGCUGCUCAAACUGGAGCCCAACCAUAUCAUCCUGGAGGGCCGGCAGCUGUGCCUAAAGGACGAGCGGAAAUCACGGUACUUCCUGCGCCAGCCCAGGGUUUAUACCCUCAACCUGGGAACAGAUCCAGGGCCCAGGCUAGGUAGCUUCCAAGCUUCCCCUAGGCCGACCUCCAUCCCCAGCCGCUCUUCCCUUCGGCAAUGCAUCCGCAACCCCCAGUUCCGCAUCUUCGCCUACCUGAUGGCCAUCAUCCUCAGCGUGACACUGCUGCUCAUCUUCUCCAUCUUCUGGACCAAGCAGUUCCUGUGGGGCAUAGGCUGA